CCGAGAUCAAGAGUUUCAUGCGGGAGGAGACAGAAAGUGGCCACUGGCUUUUGCCUAAACUCAUGACUCCGAGAUCGAGAGCCAGCCAGGCGCCCCAACCCUGCUGUUGCUUUAGUGCUUCCCAAACUCUGCUCAUCUCUCCUUUCUACAAAGAUUCCUGAGGCUCAGAGAGGUUAAGCAACUUGCCUGAGGUCACACAGCAUAACAGGGCAUCCGGACUGGGGGACUGGUCCCCUGAGUGAAACAACCAGAGUCUCCAGGGUGGAAGCAGGUGGCGAGCGGCUGGGACGGUGCUGGUUUGAGCUGGACCCUGUCUGAUGGCUUCCUCCAGCCCUCCUCCACAGACUGCUACAGGAGAUCAGCUGGUUCCGGGAGGCCCUGGCCCCUCCCCCGAGGCGGAGGACGACCCUGGAGAAGCUUUUGAGUUUGACGACAGUGACGAUGACGAGGACACCAGCGCUGGCCUGGGUGUCCCAGGCGUUGCUCCAGAGAAGGACAUCGAGGACGCCCCACUGAUCCACUUGGACUCCGCCCCCAUCACUGACCCAGACCCAGCAGCCUCACCACCCCAGACACAGGUGCCACCGGUGGUGAGCAACGGGGAUGCUGUGGAUGCUGCUCUCUCCGGGGUCCGGCGCUCCAGCUGGAAGUGGAAGAGCUCCCGCCGGAUCGACCGGUUCACUUUCCCCGCCCUGGAAGAAGAUGUGAUUUACGACGACGUGCCGUGCGAGAACCUGGAUGCCCAUCAACCCGGGGUGGAGAGGAACCUGCUCUAUGAGGAUGUGCACCGGGACGGAGCGCCCAGGGAGGCGGACGACCUAGGCUGGAGCUCCAGUGAGUUCGAGAGCUACAGUGAGGACUCGGGGGAGGAGACCAAACCGGAGGCAGAGCCUGCCAAGCACCGAGUGUCCUUCCAGCCCAAGCUUUCUCCAGACCUGACUAGGCUAAAGGAGAGAUGCGCCAGGACUAAGAGAGACAUCUUGGCUCUAAGAGCUGGGGGGAGAGACAUGCAGGCGCUGAAGCACAAGUGCGACUGUAAGAUGACCCAGCUCAUGAGGGCGGCCAAGAGCGGGACCAAGGACGGGCUGGAGAAGACGAGGAUCGCCGUCAUGCGCAAAGUGUCCUUUCUGCACAGGAAAGACGUUCUUGGUGACUCGGAAGAGGAAGACAUGGGGCUCCUGGAGGUCAGCGUUACGGACAUCAAGCCCCCGGCCCCGGAGCUGGGCCCCAUGCCCGAUGGCCUGAGCCCUCAGCAGGUGGUCCGGAGGCACAUCCUGGGCUCCAUCGUGCAGAGCGAAGGCAGCUACGUGGAGUCUUUGAAGCGGGUGCUCCAGGACUACCGCAACCCCCUGAUGGAGAUGGAGCCGAAGGUGCUGAGCGCCCGCAAGUGCCAGGCGGUGUUCUUCCGCGUGAAGGAGAUCCUGCACUGCCACUCCAUGUUCCAGAUAGCCCUGUCCUCCCGCGUGGCUGAGUGGGAUGCCACCGAGAAGAUCGGGGACCUCUUUGUGGCUUCGUUCUCCAAGUCCAUGGUGCUAGAUGUGUACAGUGACUACGUGAACAACUUCACCAAUGCCAUGUCCAUCAUCAAGAAGGCCUGUCUCACCAAGCCCGCCUUCCUCGAGUUCCUCAAGCGGCGACAGGUAUGCAGCCCAGACCGCGUCACACUCUACGGGCUGAUGGUGAAGCCCAUCCAGAGGUUCCCCCAGUUCAUCCUCCUGCUUCAGGACAUGCUGAAGAACACUCCCAGAGGCCACCCGGACAGGCUGUCCCUACAGCUCGCCCUCACGGAGCUGGAGACGCUGGCUGAGAAGCUCAAUGAGCAGAAGCGGCUGGCUGACCAGGUGGCCGAGAUCCAGCAGCUGACCAAGAGCGUCAGUGACCGCAGCAGCCUCAACAAGCUCUUGACCUCGGGUCAGCGGCAGCUGCUCCUGUGUGAGACGCUGACAGAGACCGUGUACGGCGACCGCGGGCAGCUGAUCAAGUCCAAGGAGCGCAGGGUCUUCCUGCUCAACGACAUGCUGGUCUGCGCCAACAUCAAUUUCAAGCCUGCCAACAACAGGGGCCAGCUGGAGAUCAGCAGCCUGGUGCCCCUGGGGCCCAAGUACGUGGUGAAGUGGAACACGGCGCUGCCCCAGGUGCAGGUGGUGGAGGUGGGCCAGGAGAGCAGCUCCUACGACAAGGACAACGUGCUCAUCCAGCAUGCGGGCGCCAAGAAGGCCUCUGCCGUGGGCCAGGCCCAGAAUAAGGUGUAUUUCGGCCCCCCGCGCCUCUUCCAGGAGCUGCAGGACCUGCAGAAAGAUCUGGCUGUGGUUGAGCAGAUAACCUUCCUCAUCAGCACACUGCACGGCACCUACCAGAACCUGAACAUGACCGUGGCUCAAGACUGGUGCUUGGCCCUGCAGAGGCUAAUGCGGGUGAAGGAGGAGGAGAUCCACUCGGCCAACAAGUGUCGUCUCAGGCUCCUGCUUCCUGGAAAACCCGACAAGUCCGGCCGCCCCAUCAGCUUCAUGGUGGUCUUCAUCACCCCCAACCCCCUGAGCAAGAUCUCCUGGGUCAACAGGUUGCACUUGGCCAAGAUCGGACUCCGGGAGGAAAACCAGCCAGGCUGGCUGUGUCCGGAUGAGGACAAGAAGAGCAAAGGCCCGUUCUGGUGCCCCAUCCUGGCCUGCUGCAUCCCCGCCUUCUCUUCGCGGGGCCUCAGUCUGCAGCUUGGGGCCCUGGUCCACAGUCCUGUCAGCUGUCCCCUGCUGGGCUUCUCAGCGGUCAGCACGUCCCUUCCACAGGGCUACCUCUGGGUCGGGGGCGGGCAGGAAGGUGCAGGGGGCCAGGUUGAGAUCUUCUCCUUGAACCGGCCCUCGCCCCGCACGGUCAAGUCCUUCCCGCUGGCGGCCCCUGUGCUCUGCAUGGAGUACAUUCCCGAGCCAGAAGAAGGGGAGAGUGGAGACGAGAGCCGCAUGGCCCCUGACCCCUCGACCACAGUGCAUCCGACCAUCUGUCUCGGGCUCCAGGAUGGCAGCAUCCUGGUUUACGGCAGUGUGGACACGGGUACCCAGUGCCUGGCGACCUGCAGGAGCCCCAGUCUGCAGCCUGUGCUCUGCCUGUGCCACAGCCCCUUCCACCUGUUUGCAGGUCUGCAGGAUGGGACCCUCGCCGCCUACCCUCGGACCAGCGAUGGGGAGACUGAGGCCUUCAGAGCAGGGAGACGCAUGCUCCAAGUCCCAGUUGAGUUUCUAGGAGAACCCAGGCCAGCUCAGGGCACUUCCCACCAUGCUGAGCUGCCUCCUUGGCCGGGCCACGCGGAUGCCGCGUCUUCUGGGAAGCCUCUCCGGAUUGCCCCCACCUCCACCCCGACAGAGGGAGGUGUCCCCUGGGACCUGGAGAGCCCUCCUGUGUGCCUGACUGUGGGGACAGGACCCAUCCGCACCCUGCUGAGCCUGGAGGACGCUGUGUGGGCCAGCUGUGGGCCUCGGGUCACCGUGGUGGAUGCCACUAACUUGCAGACUCAGCAAAGCUUCGAGGCGCAUCAGGAUGAGACCGUGAGUGUGACGCACAUGGUGAAGGCAGGCAGCGGCGUCUGGAUGGCCUUCUCCUCUGGCUCCUCCAUCCGCCUCUUCCACACCGAGACGCUGGAGCAUCUGCAGGAGAUCAACAUCGCCACCCGGACCACCUUCCUCCUGCCAGGCCAGAAGCACCUGUGUGUCACCAGCCUCCUGAUCUGCCAGGGUCUGCUCUGGGUAGGCACUGACCAGGGUGUCAUCGUCUUGUUGCCUGUGCCUCGGCUGGAAGGCAUCCCCAAGAUCACAGGGAAAGGCAUGGUCUCGCUCAACGGUCACUGCGGGCCUGUGGCCUUCCUGGCCGUGGCUGCCAGCAUCUUGGCCCCCGACAUCCUGCGGAGCGACCAGGAGGAAGCCGAGGGGCCACAGGCAGAGGAGGACAAGCUGGACGGGCCGGCGCCCGAGCCCACGCCUACGCCGGCGAGCCACGUGGGCCGAGAGCUGACCCGCAAGAAGGGCGUCCUCCUGCAGUACCGCCUGCGCUCCACCGCGCACCUGCCGGGCCCGCUGCUGUCCGUGCGGGAGCCGACGCCCGCCGACGCCUCGGCCCUGGAGCACAGUGAGGAGGACGGCUCCAUCUACGAGAUGGCCGACGACCCUGAUGUCUGGGUGCGCAGCCGGCCCUGCACCCGCGAUGCCCACCGCAAGGAGAUCUGCUCCGUGGCCAUCAUCUCGGGAGGGCAGGGCUACCGUAACUUCGGCAGCGCCCCCCCGGGGGGCAGCGGGAGGCCGGCCCCGUGCGGGGAGACGGACAGCGCCCUCCUCAUCUGGCAGGUGCCCUUGACGCUAUAGCCCUUGGCCGGGCGGGCACAUGGCCACAGGCUGCAGGGGGCUCUGGGCCGCUGGGGGCCCCUCCUGCCUUCUGGGCCCCCCUGCCGGCAGGACGGGGUAGACUCGCCUUCCAGGGACAGCAGGGAUGGGCCUCCAUCUCCUGGAACUACCUUGGCAGAGGAGAACUUCAUCCUUUUUUUAAAAAAAGAAUAUUUCAGAGUGUUCAGGGAAGGAGUCUGGGUUUGGGGAGAGGAUCCCUCUGGAGGAAAUGGCCUUCUUUUUAAAAGCAAAAAAAAAAAAAAGAAAAAAAAGAAAAAACAUAAAACCUCGAGACUGCCUGGCAAGGGCAGCCCCUCUCACACGGCCACGCGGGGCUCCGGGAAGGGCGUGUGCGCGGGAGUGUCUGCGAGCGCGUGGGCUGCUGUGUGGACAUGUAUAAAUACGUACAUACAUACGGUGUAUAAUAUGUGUAUAAAUGAGGUCUGUACAUAUUGGAGCUCUGGGAGAUGCUGGAAUAAAAGACGAGAAUAACGUGA